AUAAAUAGGUGGUCCAACUCCACACAAAUCGUCACAAUUAUAUACAUACAUACACAACUGCAAAGAUAAAUAAAACUCGAUCACUAGCAACAAUGGCGGCAGCUAAUAAGCUUGUUUCAACCGGCGGCCGCAGCCUUGUGCUCAUUGUCAUCUUCGUCAUCACUGUUGCUGCUCUCUCUUCUUCCUCCAUUGCCAUGGCUGCAGCAGCAGCUGCAGCUUCCAAUGCUCAGCCGUCCAAUCUUGAUCUUGCAAGCUAUGGGGCGGGAAGUCUAAGGCCUUCACAGUGUCUGCCGCAAUGUACGAGGAGGUGUAGCAAGACGCAGUACCACAAGGCGUGCAUGUUUUUCUGCCAGAAAUGCUGCAACAAAUGCCUGUGUGUGCCCCCCGGCUUCUACGGCAACAAGUCCGUCUGCCCUUGCUACAACAACUGGAAGACCCAACAAGGCGGCCCCAAGUGCCCUUAAAUUAUUCAUUACUUUUUCUACCCCAAAUAAACUACCUCCUUCAUUACUAUUAAUAUACAUACACUUCCAUUAAUUAUUAUUAAUUAAGUGUUAUUGUUCCA